AGUAUGUGUUAUCGAUAACAGUGCAGAAUUAAUUGAAAAAGCGAACAGCAAUAAUAUAUUUGCUCAGUUUAGUAAAAAUCGCAUUCUUUCAAUGAUCUUUGAAGAAAUGAAUAAUUACAUCUUAAGCGAAGCCCAGGCACAAUUAUGUGGAAACAGUUUUAAUAUCGAUAUACCUUAUCGAUAACAGUGCACGAAACGUUAAACUCCAUUUUUAGAAUUAUUCUCAGAGUUUGCAACUUCGGUCCUCCCUCUCUUUAGGGUAAUAUUGGCGCACAUAGUUUAUGCGCAAGCAUAUGUCUACACACUCAUAUUUGAGCAAAGCUGAAAUCUUUUCACGAGUCUCUAGUUCGGGCGCGUAGAUAACAAGUCCAGUCGAAAGUUUUGGUCCGUAGACGGCUCAACGGAUCGGUUGAAUGCGCUGAAAACUACGUGAGUCGUUCAGUUGCCGCAUUCAAACCGAAAUCGGCAGCGAGGCAGCGACCACGAUGAGCGACGUUGGGUUUAUUGACUUUGACAUCGGCGUGCCGUGGGGCAAACUUGCCUGCCGCUGGUACGGUAAUCGUCAGGUGCGUCCGCUGCUCGCCAUUCACGGCUGGAUGGACAAUAUGGGGAGCUUUGCACGUCUUAUACCAUUGCUGCCCAGCCAUCUGGGCGUGCUUUGCGUUGAACUGUCUGGCCAUGGACGCUCCUCGCACUAUCCGGCUGGCAUGCAGUACUCCGUCAUUGAAUGGACGAGCAUUAUUCGUCGUGUUGUGUUGCAUUUCAAGUGGCGACGCGUUUCGCUGAUGGGUCACUCCUUUGGUGCAGUCGCCUGUAAUGUGUACGCCUCCUUCUAUGGCCGAGAUCAUGUUGAUAUGCUGAUUGCGAUUGAUCUGCUCACCAUACCCUACAAGAGCAGCAGCUUCUACAUCAAGUACUUGGCCAACAGCGUGGAGCGCAUGCUGCAGCCGACUCCAGCACCCAAGCUGUAUACCGCAGAGCAGCUGAAAGGGGUGCGCUGGGGACCAGCUCCCACGGUCAGCAAGGAGCAUGCACAGCCACUGGUGGAACGUUGUACAAGGCCGUCACCAGAUCAACCGGAUAAAUUUUAUAUAUCUCGGGACUUUAUAUAUCGGGGACUUCUUUCCAGCUGGCGUUGGGCUCGUGAAGGAAUUGAAUCGGCGAAUACAUAACAUUCCAUACAUGGUCAUAAAGGCGAGCGAAUCCAACUUCAUUAACGAAGGUUUCAUACCAGCUUUGCAGAUCCUACGCAAACAGAAUCCUGCAUUUGAGUAUCAUUUGGCCCAGGGCUCUCAUCAUGUGCUUAUCAGCGACCCGCAACAGCUGGCUGCAUGGAUUGUGCCAUUCAUAAACAGGCAUCGACCAGCCACCAGAUGGGAGCAUCCAGGGCAACUAAAUAUUAGCAAACUAUGAAGUGUUAAAAGCGAACAGAUGCGCAGUGUAAAUCUUGAGGCAUGUGCAUGACGUAGGGCCUACGUGUUGCUAAAAAUAUAUUUUAUUUUUCGUAAUUAGAAUAUGCUGAAAGAGAUAAGAAGAAUAAGUAUAACGCAAGAACAUGCUAUGAUUAGGCUUUCAAAAAAUCUUUGCUAAAUGCUUGAUAACAACUUUUUGGUCUGAAUUUGUAAGCUUUUGUAAGCUACACAGACAUGUGCUAGGUAUGGGCUUUAAAACGUCUAACAAUCACCUUUAAUAGAUCUUCAUAUACUUUA